AUGCAAGCGGGCCAUCGCCUGUUCGCUGGGGCCUCCCAGUGUCGGACACCGCGGUCCCAGACCCGCAAAACCUCCUCCGAGCCCUCGAGGGGUUUACACAUGCGACAGGACAGUGGUGAACACAGCAGAACAAGUCCCUGUCCUCGUGCGACUUACCUUAUAGAGGCGGGAGACAAGAAGAAAGCGAUAAGCAGAAUAAGCAGGAGCCUCUGUCUGGAGAGCAAGUCAGAGGAGGGCUGCUCCAUGUCGGAACUGAGGCUUCUCCUCCUAGGCAAACAUGGUGUAGGAAAGAGUGCCACAGGAAACACUAUUCUGGUCAAAGCUGUGUUCAAGUCCAAGCCGAGUGAGGAGAUGGUGACUAAAAUGUGCCAGGAGGAGAAGGGGGCCACAAGAGAGAGGGAGGUUGUGAUCAUCGACACCCUCGAGUUUUUCUCUUCAGUACCUUGUGCCAGUGACAGGCACCGCAACAUUGAACACUGCUUGGAGCUCUCCGCUCCCAGCCUCCAUGUCCUGCUUCUGGUAAUUCCCAUUGGCUACCAUAAGCCGGAGGACAAAGAAACAAUUGAUGCCAUCUGGAAGGUGUUUGGAGCUGAAGCCAAGAGGCACAUCAUUGUUGUCUUUACCCGGAAGGAUGACUUCGGUGAUGACUCCCUACAAGAUUACAUUGAAGAUGAUGACUCUCUUAGGGAAUUGGUUCAAGACUGUGGAGACCGGUACUGCGCUUUCAACAACAAGGCAAGUGAGGGUGAGUGGGACACUCAGGUGAGGGAGCUCCUCUGCAAGGUCCCGUGUUUGGUGGAUGAGAACCGAAGACCAUAUUGUGUGAAAUUCAGAAAUGAAGACAUUGGAUUCCAGGACUCUGUGAAUGAAGCUACAUCACAGAAGGAGGACAAUCCACAUAGGCCAGAGGAGAAGCAGCUGCAGGCCACAGGAUGUGAGCGGAACCCUGGGAUGUCAGAACUGAAGGUCCUGCUCGUGGGGAAGCGUGGGGCUGGAAAAAGUACCGUUGGAAACAGCCUUCUGGGGAAGCGAGUCUUUGAGACCAAAUUCAGUGAACAGUCAGUAACCCAGAUGUUUAGGUCUAAGAGCAGAAUCUGGAAAGAGAGGAAUAUUUCAAUCAUUGACACUCCAGACAUCUCACUUUCAAAGGUCCUUGAAUCAGAGCUUUCAAAACACACCUUCCCGGGCCCCCACGCCUUCCUGCUGGUGAGCCCGCUGGGCUCUUUCACUGAGAAAGAUGAGGCAGUGCUGGACACCAUCCGAAGCAAUUUUGGAGACAAGUUCUUUGAGUACAUGAUCGUCCUCCUCACCAGGAAAGAAGAUCUAGGGGAUCAGAAUGUAGAUACGUUCUUAAAAGACACAAAUGAAUCCCUCAACCAGCUCAUCAAGAAAUGUAAAGACAGAUACAGCGCCUUCAACUACAGAGUGACAGGAGAUGAGGAGCAACACCAGGUGGAUCAGCUCCUGGAAAAAAUUGUGAACGUGGUGCAGCAGAAUGGAAACAAGCCCUGCUUCCUCAGAGGGAGAGAGGCCUUGAGCAUUGUCCUCGUGGGGAGGAGCGGGACUGGGAAGAGCGCGACGGGGAACACCAUCCUUGGAAGGGACAAAUUCCCCUCUCAGCUUCUAGCGCAGCCAAUCACCAAGACGUGCCAGAGCAGCAGGAGGAAGUGGGAAGGGCAGGAUGUUGUGGUUGUGGACACUCCCUCAUUCCACCUGAUGCCCGGUGCUUAAGGAGGUCCAUCCCAGCUGGAGCAGGAGGUCGAACGCUGUUGGUCCUGCUGUGAAGAAGGGAGCAAGAUUCUGGUCUUGGUGUUGCAGCUGGGACAGUUCACUCAGGAGGAUGAAAACGUGGUGAGGGAACUGGAGACCAUCUUUGGAGAGGAAGUUAUGAAAUAUACGAUUGUGGUGUUCACCCGGAAGGAAGAUCUAGGAGAUGGGAAGCUUGAGGAGUACCUCAAGAACACAGAUAACAAAGCUCUUAAGAAGAUAAUUAAAAAGUGUGAGGGGCGAGUUUGUGCUUUUAAUAACAAAGAAAGUGGCCAAGCCAGGGAAGCCUAGGCAAAAGAUCUUUUGACAUUGGCCAAUGAGCUAAUAGGGAGAUGUGAAGGGCAUGGAUACCCCUAUGGUUGGGAGAAGGUCAGCAAAAUAAUGAAAAAUGCCCAGGAAAAGCACAAGCCCCCAAAUUUACUGACUUUAAAAGAUAUGUUACCAUAG